AUGUUUCCCGCUCGUUUGGCUUCUUUAUUUGGGUUCGUUUUGAUAGCCAUCCCAGCGGCAGUCCAAGGAGUACGACUUGAUGUACCUCGAGUUGAAGAUUUCGUCAGGAGAUGGAACGUCGCCGCCACAGUGAUUGGUGAUUACGUCUACAUCGACGGGGGUGAGAUCAAUCAGUUCGAGAACGGGACAAUAGACGAGGCUCCAGUUUACCAAGGUAGCUCCCCAUGUGCCUCAACUGUUCGCCCAGCAGGUGACGGGAAUACCAGUCUAAUCUCAAUAUUCAAUCCUAGGAAGCCCAACGCUCCUAGAAACGCGCCGAUGAUAUGGACAGACAAGGAAGGAACGGGCGGAUUCUACUCUUGGGGUGGUGUUUUCUCAUUGGGAAGAUCUGUGACCGGGUCCGAGAUGUGGAAGUUCAGCGCAGAUGGCAGAGGGGGAGGGAGCUGGUCACUUUUCCAGGAUUUUGCAAAUCCGGAGGCCUUUAAAAUUUUGUUAUCACCAGAGAGGGGAGCUUAUGCUAACACGGACGACAAAGGCUUUCUAAUUGGAGGUUCCGUUUGGGGUGGGACACAACUGGGCUUCACAGACACUCAGGCCAUCCCAGGCAUGGUCUCAUUUGACAUGCGAACUAAGGAGAUCAGCAAUGGCACAGCCAACGAUGCGGGCUCCAACAGAAGCCCAUUCGAGACACUUAUUGGGGCGAGGGCUCACUUCAUCCCGGCUAACACUGGCACGAAAAGCCAGCAGGGGUUGAUACUGGUCUUGGGGGGCCACAGGUCUUAUGUCGACCGACAGGUCAGCCUCGAAGACUCGCCUGGCUUCGAUUUUAGGAACUUGUCAUUCUUCGACCCGGAAACAGGAGAAAGAUAUUGGCAAAUUGCCACAGGAGAUAUACCGCCUUAUCCCCGGGCUCACUUUUGCGUCACCGGCUUCGCUAUAGCAGGGGUUGGUUAUGAUGUCUUUAUAUUUGGAGGACGGAACGAAGCGCAGCAGAGCUACUACGAUGAUGCCUACAUUCUCAGCCUGCCAGGCUUCGUGCUCAGUAUCGGCGGCGUCACUGAUAAAAUCAAGUCCGUGGAUGCAGCUCCACAAGGCUUACUACUCUUUGACAUGACUGCCCAAACCUGGAACGAUAACUAUGACGCCAAAGCCAAGAAUUAUGUUCGGGCUAAAAGUCUGGACGAGUGGUAUCAGAACGGGUUAGUUUCAAGUUACAUGUCAUCUCCAAAAGGCAAUACUGGUUCCAUCGCGAGAAGAGGCUAA